GAGCGCCCAGCUCUCCUGCAAGGCUCUGGCCUCGGGGGCGGGGCCUCUCCACGGAGGCUGCGCGCUGCGCCGUGGGUGGUCCGACUGCGGGGCCGGGCAGCGGGCGGCGCCUGCGCGCUGCGAAGACUGGGAGCCCGUGCCGCUAAGCUUUCGCAGCCGCUGGCUUCGUGUUCACCUUCGUGUUAGUCUCCGGCUGCAGCAUGGGGCCAGUGCCGCGCACUCUAGAGCUCUUCUACGACGUGCUGUCCCCCUACUCCUGGCUGGGUUUCGAGGUCCUGUGUAGAUAUCAACACAUCUGGAACAAAGUCAAGCUGCAGUUGCGGCCCACCCUCAUUUCGGGGAUCAUGAGGGAGAGCGGAAACCAGCCACCAGCUAUGAUUGCCAGCAAAGCACUGUACUUGAAAACUGACCUUAAUCUCCUGAAAGGUCAUUUCCAGGUUCCUAUCACUUUCCCCAAGGAUUUCUUCUCUGUGAUUCUUGAAAAAGGAAGUUUGUCUGCCAUGCGUUUCCUCACCGCUGUGAACAUGGACCAACCGGAGAUGUUGGAGAAGGUGUCCAGGGAGCUUUGGAUGCGUGUCUGGUCACGAGAUGAAGACAUCACAGAGCCCCAGAGCAUCUUGGCUGCUGCAGAGAAGGCAGGUAUGUCUGCAAGACAAGCCCAAGGCCUUCUGGAGAAGAUCUCCACAGCACAGGUGAAAAAGCAGCUCAGGGAGACUACUGAAGCAGCCUGCAAAUACGGGCCCAAGAACAGCAGGGAAGAAGAAGUAGAUGGUGAGAGAAAAGCCAGAGUCUCCAUGCCACAGAAGUGGAGAAGGCCUUUGGACUGCCCACUACCGUGGUCCAUGUGGAUGGCAACACCCAUAUGUUAUUUGGCUCUGACCGCAUGGAGUUGUUAGCACACCUUCUGGAAAAUCCCUGGAUCCUGUGGGGCCAGCCCCUGCUUCCAGCACACCAGAGAACAGUGUACAGAUGUCUGUGAUUCUCGUGAUUGAAGACAGAAAUGGAUGGGCCCUGUACCUACAUCCCUGAAUGCCAGACUUAAAGACUCCUUUGCAAACUAUUGAUAUAAACAAGCAGGCCAUCAUCUGUUUAAUCUCCCUCCCCUUUGGGACCCUGAGACCUGAAUUUCUCUACCAGAUAGCAGUGGCCCCUGUAACCUUGAGGGCUGUCCUUCUUCCCUCCUUCAGGAAGACCAGGGAGAGUCAACUUUGGUACAGCCAUUUUCAGAAAUGAUAUGGAGAGUCUUCAAAACUAAAAGAACUACCAUAUGAGCCAGCAAUUCCACUUCUGGGUGUACAUCUAAGAAUAAUGGAAUCAGUACAUAAAAGAGCUGUCUUCACUCCCUAUGUUCAUUACAGCGUUAUUCACAAUAGCUAAGAUAAGGAAUCAGUGUAAGUGUCCAUCAAUAGAUAAAAUAAGAUAUGUAUGUAUAAUGGAAUACUAUUCAGCCUUAAAAUAGAAAAGUUCACUUACAACAAAUGGAUGAAGCUGGAAGACAUUAUACUAAUUCAAAUAAGUCAGGCACAGAAAGGCAAAUACUGCGUGAUUUCCCUUACAUGUAGAAUCUACAAAGUCAAAGUGGAUAUGGUGAUGCAUACCUGUAAUUCCAGCACUCUAGACUGGGGAAGGACAAUUUUGAGUUCAAGAUUAGCUUGGGCUAAGACAUAGUGAGACACUGACUCAAAGAAGAAAAACAAUCUAAAAACAAUAUAAAUAGAAUAAAAUGGUUACCACAGGCUAGGGCAGGAUUGGGAAGAUGUUGACCAAAGGGCACAAAGUUUAGGCAAUAGGAAUCAUUUUUUUUAAGAUUUAUUGCACAUAAUAGUAACCAUAGUUAAUAUACUGUCUAUUUCCAAAUUGCUAAAAGUAUAUUGGGUACUAUAAUUACAUAAAAAUGUUGAGGUGAUAUGCUAGUAAUCACAAUGUAAUCAUUCUACAAUGUACUCAUGUAUCAAAACAUCAUUGUACCCUGUAACUACACACAAUUAUUGGCCAAAGAUAAAAUGUAAAUUAAAAACAAAAAUAUUAAGUACUGUUCAGAAUAAAAAAAGAAUGUAAUGAGAUUGUAAUUCUGUGAUGCUCCACAUUUCACAUCAAUGCCCAAAUGUCUGCACACAAGCUAAGGAUUUGCAAUAUGCAAAAA